AUGGAAAAGAGUUCAGAUAUGAAAUGGACACAGGGCAGUUGGAACGUGUUACUCACGUUUCUCGACUUUUUGUGCCCUUGUUCGUCGAAACUGGAGAUCUCGUUUAUGUUGUACGAUGCGAAAGAAGGAAAUUUUAUUUCGGAGUGUUUUACGAUUAUUUUACCUUACUUCACGAAGCACGUAGACGGGGACACAACGCGAAACAGUGCCAUUGGAAACCAGGAUCAGCGAAUCUUGUUUACGGAUUUGGGCACUAAGGAUCUGGAGCGCGAACAUCUAUUCCUACUAUGCAGGGUCGUAAAAGUUGGACCUCUGGAACCGAAGGAAACACUGGGCGGCCGAAGAGGGGCGAGCUCUACUGCUGUCAGGCAGAUGUAUGGAAUUGGGCUUUUGAACCUGUCUGAAUUUCUCAAAACGAAGCAGUUCCUCUUUCCCCGAACGGGCCCGUUUUAUUCGUCAAAAAAUAUAGGUUUACCUGAAGACUCAGAAGAGAAACAAACCUUCGUCACUCUCUAUUCAUUACAGGAUGAGUCCGUCGACCAACUGGUGAAGAAGCUGACGGAAUCGAACUACACCGAAAGUGACGGUGAUUUGAGAAGUCAGGGAUUGUAUCUUUCGGUUCAGUUUCUUUGUGGAAAUUUUGACGAAGUGAAAAACACCUACGCACAUCUUUUCACACCGAUGCCGGCGUUGAUCCGAAAAAUGGGUUUUCCCGAAGUGAUUUUCAGAGAUGACGUUCGGAACGACUUGUAUGUGACUCUGGUUGGAGGUGAUUUUUCUCACUGCGGACGAUCAGACAAGAACAUCGAGGUGCGAGUAUGUCUGAUCAGUGAAAACGCAAACUUGGACGUCCCUCACAGUAUCAGCGUAGUUGGAUCGAAAACGUUCAAGGAAGACUACUACCUAAGCACCGUCUAUUAUCAUCAGGACAAGCCGCGAUGGUUUGAAACGGUUAAGUUUUCGAUUCCGGUUGAGCAGUACAGCAACAUCCACGUCCAAUUCAUGUUCAAGCAUCGCUCUUCGAACGAAUCAAAGGACAAAGCAGAAAAACCAUUUGCCAUAUCAUUCAUUCGACUGCGUCAGUCAGAGGGAACUGUUCUGCGCGACGGUCAACACGAUAUGCUUGUCUAUCGACUGGAAAGAAAAUACGACGAAUUAGAUUUUUCCUAUCGGACUCUUCCGGCCACAAAGUCUGACCUUGAUAUGUCAGGUUGGUCAGGCAUGGCCAGCAAAUCUUUGAUCCAGAGUCCUACCGGCGGUUUUGUGCUAAGCAGCAAGGACUAUUUCACAAUACGUUCUAUUGUCUGCUCUACGAGCCUCACACAAAAUGUCGAUUUGCUGGGUUUACUUGACUGGGAGUCGAAACGAGUUAACUUAAAGCACAGCCUCGAAGCACUGAUGAAAGCUGAGGGCGAUCGAGGAGGAGAAGAGAUUGUGAAGUUCCUGCAACAUAUUCUGGAUGCUCUCUUUAGCGUCCUGAUUAACACAAACGACUAUGACCAACUUGUGUUCGAUGCACUGGUUUAUGUUAUCGGAUUGGUUGGUGAGCGGCGGUACCACAACUUUAAACCGGUGAUGGAUACGUAUUUACACUCACACUUCAGCGCUGCUCUGGCUUACCAGAAGCUUAUACCAAUAUUGAAGGACUAUGUGGAUAAUGUAGAGCAAUCAAGCGGAAAGCUGUUGAAGGCGCUGAAGUCGUUAGAAUAUCUGAUAAAGUUUAUCGUCAAGUCACGCGAACUCUAUAUGCAACUAAAAGGACCAACGGCGGGUCAGGAGCGCUUUCAGUCCUUAUUGCGCGCCCUUCUGGUGUCCAUCUCGUCGCUGAUGUUGUGCAGGAGCGAUCAGAGCCUACUGUGUCAGGGAGCCGCUCUGAAGUACAUGCCGUGUAUCGUCGGUGACGUAAUGAUUGUUUUUGAUGCGGAGGAUUUGUCGUAA